AUGGCGCUUUUAAUUUUUGAUACCAUCGACUCAACGUCUACUCGAGUUCUAGCCGGUGGACUUCUAUUGGUCGGCGUCAUCUACACCAUCUACCGAUCUAUACUACCUCGUCCCCUGGAAGGAAUCCCGUACAACGUCGCAGCCACCAAGCGAAUCUUUGGCGAUCUGCCCGAUGUCCGUGCCUAUGGUAGCUUGACCGAUUGGCUCGCGACACAAGCCGUCAAACAUCAAUCACCACUUUUCCAAACCUUCAUUCGUCCUAUGGGCAAACCCUGGGUUGUUGUCGCUGAUCACUAUGAAGCAGCCGAGGUUUGCACCCAUCGAUUGAAAGAGUUUGACAGAGGUAGCGCAAGCACGUCUAUUUUCGCUUGUGUUGUUCCCGGUUCACAAAUCACACUCGAGAGUCACAAUCCGCAAUUCAAGAAAAAUAAGGAGCUUGUCAGGAAUUUGAUGACGCCGACUUUUUUGUCAGAGGUGUCAGCACCAGAAAUCUAUGACAAAUUCUCACGUCUUGUUGAAUUGUGGAAUUUGAAAGCUGACCAUGCAGAUGGAAAGUUCUUCGCGGCGGCGAGAGAUAUUCACAAUGCCGCUCUAGAUAUCAUCGUCUGCGCCUCUUUCGGUAUCGACACACAGGAGACGCAACUGGUAAAAGAAAUCGAGCAACUCAGUACAGAGUCUUUGAGUGAAAAUGACUGUGAAAUCUCAUUCAAAGAGGUGCCUCUCAGUGAAGAGUUAAGUGCCAUGACUACCUUAUCGGAAAGCAUCGCAAAAGUUGUAAAAACACCCUCUCCUCCAUUCUUUCACUUUUUGUAUCGCAAUUUGUCAUCCAAAAUGCGCAAUGCCACCGCCCUUACUCGAAAACUACAACGCCGCGAGAUUACCAAUGGCAUCAAACGGCGCCAGAACGGGGAAGCGAUGAAGUGCGCGUUGGAUGAGAUAUCGGCCCGAGAGGAAGCUGCGGCAAGGAAAGAAGGGAGGAAACCUGACUACCACUCUCAGACUAUCACCAGUGAGCUCAUGACAUAUCUGAUCGGUGGCCAUGAAACUACAUCUUCCGCGAUACGAUGGGGCAUAAGUUAUCUCAGCGCAGACCAAAGAGCACAGUCCGAAUUGCGAAAGGUCCUUCAAGAAGCCCAUCGGCAAGCCAAAGCAGAGAAACGCCUUCCCACUCUAACCGAAAUAAUACAGACACGCGUACCAUAUCUCGAUGCCGUCGUGGAAGAGACACUACGACUCUCGUACCCUCUUGGUAUGUGCUUGCGAGAAGUUCAAGUCGACACACAAAUACUCGGAGCCCGUAUUCCAAAAGGAACAACCAUCGCUUUUCUUUCCAACGGACCAAGUGUACUCGCACCACCUAUACAAUACGAUGAGUCGCGCAGUAGUGAAUGGGUCCGAGCGAGGAAGCCAGAGCAGUCCGUUGAACAAAAAUACGACUUCCCUUCCUUUAUACCUGAGAGAUGGCUCAAGUCUGCAAUGACUGAAGCUGGCAAAGAGGAAGUUGUGUUUGACUCCCAAGCCUUCCCUAUCCAAGCAUUUGGCCUAGGCCCUCGCGGUUGCUUUGGUAAGAGGUUGGCGUAUCUCGAGAUGAAGAUCUUUUUCACUCUUAUCACUUGGACAUUUGAGCUUUUGCCAUUGCCAGCGGAUGUCGCGACUCCCAAGGCAGUUUCAUCGUUGACUAGAAACCCGGAUCGGGUGUUUAUUAAGCCGCGUCGGGUAGUACUAUAG